AUGUCAGAUUUUGAGGGAGUUCUUAAAUGUUGGGAAAAAUGCGAAGAACAACUGAAAAUCGUAAAAAAUGAAUUGGCUGAUGUUAAAAGGGAAAGAGAUGAGCUAAGGAAAUCAGUCCGCGAGAAGGACAAUCAGAUGCUGAACUUAACGGCUACACAUGGUAAAGCACUUGCGAAUCUGUACGCUAGAAUUGGAAAACAAAAGAAAGAAAAUCAGGAAGAAAUAUAUAAACUUCAAAACAAUCAUGAACAAGAAAUGUUAAAUCGAAUAGAAGAAACGAUCAUUGAAGCAAGGAAGGAAUCGGAGAAAAAAUAUAUUGAGGAAAGAGAAUUACUGGUCAGUCAAAUAAAGGAAAGUCAAAAAAGGCACGACGAAGAAGUAGCAACAAUGAAAUUGGCUCACGAACAGAAUGUAAAGCAACUGCGAGAAGAGAAUUUGCAGAAAUUCAACGAAAGAGAACAGGAUCACACAAACCAGCUGGUACUGAUAAAAGCUGAAAACACCGCGAAACUUGAAAGUUUAACCGAGCAGCUGGAGACGAGGAAUCAACUUAAUAAGGAAACAAUUGAAAAGCUGGAAAAAGAAAAUCUGAGAAUCAAACUGCAACAAAUGGAAAACUUUAACGAGUACCUGGAAAAGCUAACAAAACUGGAAUCUGAUAAUCAGAAAAUGAUACUAGAAGUCAGGAAACAACAAGAAGAUUUGCUGAAUAAGACUUUUGAAGAGAAAAAACAGCAUGAAGAACUGAUGGCUCAAGAGCUAUGCAAGACUGCUAAACAGAACCAGGAUGAACUGGUGCUUCGUAUAAGACAAAAUGCGAAUCGAGAACUGUUGAAAGAGUUUCGGAAUGUUUUGAAAUCCAUUCAACAAACAAAAGAAACUUUGAUGAAUAUUACGAUUCUAUGUUCGGAAGAAAAUGCAGGAAUGAAAGAUACAUCCAUCCUUGAGAUGAAUCUUCAUGAGGUCUCACAAUCCAAAUCAAGCUCCAUGCAUAAAAUGGAAUUGUUCGAAAUGUACGUUCUGAAUCAGCAGUAUGCUGAUGAAGAGGUUAUUCAAAUUUGUCAGAACUACCUCCGAUCGGUUGAGAUGUUAUUAGGAAGCAUUAAACUCAUGAGCAUGUACACGAGCCCUCUGACUGCCACUCGGACUGUUAAAGUUAAAAUUGAUGGAAUACGAGAAAAGGCUAUGGAGUUGUCUAUGGAAUUCGAAAGAAGUAGACAAGAAAUAACUGGAAAACUAAAACAAAUUCGUUCUGAUGGAAAUUUGUUCUUUCAGAAGCAACUUCAAGAAGAGAGCUCGUAG